AUGCUAUCUAACACAUUUGCGCGCUCGAUGCGCUGCUUGAUACCCACUCACAGCUCUCCAACCCUCUUCCUGCGCGGCUCAAGGCAUAUCUCAACAUUACCAGAAAACCCAAGCAUUUAUGUACACGACCACCCCCUCGACCGAACCAAAUCUCUCCUCUCCCUCCUCCCCACCACCCCACCCACGCCCCAACUCGCAAUAGGAACAUGCACAUCCCUGCCCGCCACACCCCAAUCUUUCACUCCAAAUCCCCCUUUCCUCCAGAUCCUCUCUUCCGUCUGCGCCACAUAUGCAGCCCACGACCCAAUGGUGCAGCAACAAGCGGCCGUCUUCGCGUCGCCCGGCGGCUUCAACCUCGGCGGCAGCAACGACGGCGCGAACAACCAGGCUGGAGCGGGAGGAGGCACGAGAGGCGGUUGGAUACAUGUCAGUGAUUUGAGGAAUCCGCCCGACUAUGGGAGGAUUGCGUGGCCGGAGGACAUAAUUGGGAGUCUAGAGGUUAGUGGCCAUGGGAAGGUGGUAGAUGGGGGAAAUUGGUCUGAGAGCGGGACGUAUAGGAUUGUGACGAGGGAGGGGAUAUUGGGAUUGACGGAUUUUAUGAGGGGAAAAGUCAUGGAGAGAUUGAGGGAGUUGGAGAGGGAGAUUAAGGACAAGUCGUGA